AUGGAUGGGUAUUCACCCUAUUCGCAUAUAGGAUGGAACCCUGCAUAUCGACCUCCUAGUGGAUAUAACAUUCCUAUGAUAAACGAAAAACAGCCACCUCCUCAAGAAGAACCACAAAAUAUCCAAGAACCAGAAAUUGAAGAAUCAGCAGAUGGAAUGGAUUGGAACUUAAUUGCAGAAUGUUCACCGGAAUCAAUUGUAGAGAAUAACGAUAUUGAUAGACUCGAAGAAAUUGUUAAAGCUUUUACAAAAGCAAAAUUUUCAACAGCAGAAUCUAAAAUAAUUCCAAAUCCUCUAGGGAUCAAAUUACUUAGAUUACUCCAAAUAUCUAUUACUUAUCUUUUAGAUUGUCAAAAACAACUUCAGCAAGAAUUGAAAUCAUCAGAUCUUCGAGAAGAUACAGCAAAUGCAAAAAUUAGCAAAUACUCUACUAUGGUAAAAGAGUUAAAAGGGAAAUUAAAUCAAAAUGCAGAAGUUGAAAAAUGCAUUGUAUGUGGAAAGAGGUAUAAAAACAUGGCAUACUUAGAUAGCCACAUGGAAAGACGUCAUAAUGCACUUUUACCUGCAUGGAAAUCUCUAAGAUGCGGAGAAAUCCAUGGAUUAAAAGAUAUUAUUGGAGAACUCGAAAACCUUAGGAAUGUUAUUGCUCAAACCAGAAGGGAAGCUGCAAUUCUUAGAAAGAAGAAGACAGAUGAACCAAAGGAAGUAAAACUUCCUCAAGAGCAAAUUGAGUUAAUUAAUCAACUUAAAAACAAUCAACAAGUACUUAUUGAACGUACAAAACAGCGUAAUACAGAACAGGAUCAACUACAAGCUGAAAUCAGACAGCAACUCGAUGAGGCUGUGGCUGCUCUUAAGAAAUCUCACGAAAAAUGGCUUUCAUCAACAAUGGAAAAGGAACAGAAGUACAAUAUCAUCGUAAACCAACCUCCUGUUAUUACUACAAGCCAGCAGAACCUAUUAUCUCCUGCUUCUACCAAAGAAACUGUUGUUCAAGACUUAAAUUACCUUUUGAAUACCGUCAAAAUACCAGAAAAAGAAUCCCUACCAUCAAAACAACCUCAAUUGGAUGAAAAGUCAAUCAAUGAUGAAGACUUGACUGUUCAACAGAUGAGCAAGAGAAUGGAUGAACAUGCAGAUUUAGUAAACACAAUAGAACCACCUCCACCCAAUCAAGAACCUCCUCCACGAGUUGUUUUCUUGCCUGGAGAACAUAUUAGAGUCAAAGCAAAGAAGUUUUUGGAAAGAGAUUUCUCAAUCGAUGAGACCGAGAAAGACUUCAAGAUGCCAAACUACAAGAAACAAGUAAACGAAGACUUAACAAAGCAAUUAGAAGAGCUCAGAAGAUCUCGUGCAGUACCUCAGUUAUCAAUACCUUACGUUAGAAAGAAGUUGACAGAAAAUUCAAAUGUUUACAUCGCUUUAUUUGACAGAUUAUUAUUUGAAGUCAGAAGAAGUGCUCCUCUUGAAGAAGUUGACCAAUCUAAGUUGUUUAUCGAGAGAGAUGUGAAAUUCCCGAUGGUUCCUCCUAUUGAAGAAAAUAUGAAAGGAAAACCAGCGAGACAAAUUGCAAAGGAAACUCCUGUGGAAAAGAAUGUAGUUCCGCAGGAUGUGUUGAAUACUGCAAGGAAGAAAUUACCUUACGAACAGAGAAUCAGACCAAACAGAGCAAAUUUACUUCCAGAUGAUUCAGAUAUUGAAACGAUUUCAAUGCCUGAAGAAGAAUCUGGUCAUUCUAUUGGAUUUACUGAUGAUCCAUAUAUGUUUAAUAGAAAGAAGAGGAAAGAUGAUUUCCUUGACGUCUCAUCUUCAUCGACAUCGGCUUCGAAAUCCAAAAAUAAGGAAAAGAGCAGUGAAAAGAUUGAUUUUGCUUCAUCAUCAAGCGAUGAAGAUUCACAAGAUAAUGUUCCUGUUAAGAGACCUGUUAUUGCAGCGACAACAGCAGAUAUGAAUGACUUGAAUGAUCCUGUUUUAGAUCUUUUGAAAGACUCUGAUACAGAAAUUCCUCUUCAAGAAGAUACUAUCAAAUCUACUGUUAAUACUGCAACAAUUAAUUUAGCAGAAACAGAUAAAAACAAACCUGAAGAUAAUUUGUUCGGAGAAAGCGUUUCCGAAGUUGCUUCUUACUCGUCAAAAGAUGAUUUCUAA